AUGGCCCAUCGAGCUUUCUCGUCCCUGUGCGCAGAAAGGUGUGCCCACAUUCCCAGACAGCUCCUAUUUAGAGUGCUUGCCCAGGCUGGGCAUAGCUGGGCCCUCCCCACGCGGAAGACACCCGUGGCUCAGAGUUCGGCCACUCCAGCCAGCCUGGCAGCAGUGUUGGCAAAAGCGCCGAACAGCAAAAAAAAGGGGCAGCACGGGGCAGAUGCCCCAGAGGGCGGGCAGGCUGAGGCUGCGUACCAGUGCCUGCAGGAAGGGCGGGCCUUCCAGAAGCCGGCAGGCUUCCAGGGCGCUGCGAAGCGCGGGGUUUGGGUGCUGUGCGUAAAGGCCUGCUCCCACCGCGAAACACUGCAGCCACGCCGGCGCCUGCACACCUGCCAGCAGCCCUACAGGUGCCCUUUCUGCGACAAGGCCUACAUCUGGUGCUCGGGUCACCAGAAGCACAUGAAGCCCUACAGUUACGCAGACUGCAGCCAGGCCUUUGUGGGCUUCUCCGAGCCACGCAAACAGCAGCGCAACAUGCACAGCAACAACAAACUUUUCCUGUACAACGAGUGCUACACCCUGACCUCCAACAAGCCGCUGUCCCUACUGUGCCAUCAGCGCACGCAUCUAAGUGCAAAGCCCUUCCGCUGCCCAGCCUGUGACCGCGAGUUCGUAGUGGUCAGUCUCAUUGUGGAGCACCAGCGCGUGCACUUGAGCGAGAGGCCCUUCCCCUGCCCCAUCUGCGGCAUCCUCACCAAAUCCUCCAACCUGUACGAACACCGGACGCUGCUCACGGGCCAGUGUGCUGACUGCAGAGUGGCCUUCGCGCAGCCCUCACGCCUUGUGCACCACCAGCGCAUCCACACUGGCAAGAGGCCCUGUCCUUGCCCUCAGUGUGGCCAGACCUUUACAGAUGCCUCCACCUUGAAGCGGCACUGACAGAUCGUUGGGGAAAAGGGCUUCCUCUGCGAGUGUGGGGGGGCAUUCCGCAUCGCCUGGAAGCUGACCCAGCACACCAGGAUGCACAGUGGGUAGGGACCAGAUGAGUGUGAGGACUGCAGGCAGGCCUUCAACGGGUCCAAUCACCUCCAGCGACAACACACCAAGCACGACACCUGCAAGGAGCUCAUCCCUUUCUCCUCUGACAACUGA